UCCGAGCCCAGUUUUUCCUCGAUCCGGAACAUCGCAUUGCGUGAAGCAACCAUCCCAAGGCAAAAACGAAAACGACAGCAGUUAAAUGGCUGAGUUGCUGAAUAUCGACAGCAUCAUUUCACGGCUGUUAGAAGUACGUGGUGCACGGCCUGGAAAAAGUGUUCAACUGUCGGAAAGUGAAAUACGUGGAUUAUGUUUAAAGUCACGAGAAAUCUUUCUAUCACAACCAAUCCUGCUGGAAUUGGAAGCACCGCUUAAAAUUUGUGGUGACAUUCACGGACAGUAUUACGAUUUAUUACGUCUAUUUGAAUAUGGUGGUUUUCCGCCAGAAUCAAAUUAUUUAUUUUUGGGCGAUUAUGUAGAUCGUGGCAAACAAUCGUUAGAAACAAUAUGUCUCUUGCUUGCAUACAAAAUUAAAUAUUCAGAAAAUUUUUUCUUACUCCGAGGAAAUCAUGAGUGUGCUAGUAUCAACAGAAUUUAUGGUUUCUAUGACGAAUGCAAAAGACGUUAUACAAUAAAACUAUGGAAAACAUUUACAGACUGUUUCAACUGUUUGCCAGUAGCAGCUAUUGUUGAUGAAAAAAUCUUCUGCUGUCAUGGCGGUCUAAGCCCAGAUCUCACGUCCAUGGAACAGAUUAGACGUAUUAUGAGGCCCACAGAUGUUCCCGAUCAGGGCCUACUAUGUGAUCUCUUGUGGUCCGAUCCCGAUAAAGACACAAUGGGAUGGGGAGAAAAUGAUCGUGGCGUUAGUUUUACAUUUGGAGCUGAAGUCGUUGGAAAGUUUCUACAAAAACAUGAUUUCGACCUGAUAUGUCGGGCUCAUCAAGUUGUGGAAGAUGGUUAUGAGUUCUUCGCGAAACGACAGUUAGUAACAUUGUUUUCAGCGCCCAACUACUGCGGUGAAUUCGACAAUGCCGGUGCAAUGAUGUCGGUCGAUGAUACGCUGAUGUGCUCGUUCCAGAUAUUGAAGCCAGCUGACAAACACACAACCCGAAGGAACUGAAAUAUGGGCGGCGAUAGCAUUAAAGCCGAUCGCGUCAAAAAGAAAAGAAAUAAUUGUGCUAUAUUGCUACUUCUUCUUCCGACUUGCAAGAGUUGAAAGAUACCAUUCAUUAAACAUUAUAUUAAAUAAUUUUUAAUUAUCCGAUGAAAGCAAAAUGAAAACAUAUACGAAUGUUCAGACAAGAGAAAAAAAUAACGGAUUGAAACAUUGAAGAAAAAAUGCAUAAAUUAGUAAUAUUAUAAAAGAACAAUUACUUAUAAUAAUUAUAGUAUGGAACACGAAAGAUAUUUUCAACAACCGGAAUUAUAUUUUCUGUUUGAGAACGAAUAAAAAAAAACCAAUGCAGGGAGAAAACUAUAAUUAAUUUAUUGCAAGCCAGACUUGCAACUCUUCGAAGGAUACAUAAUUUAGUUUCAGAAACUUCUGAAAUCUUGUCAGUUGACGGUGAAAUUCUUAAAUUUAACUCUGUAUUUGUGAAAACAACACGAGCAUAUAAAGCCCCCUCUUUGCACAGAUUUCUCUCUGUAUCACAAAUAGAAAUUGAAAACUUAAAAUAUAAUAUGCAAUUAUUUUUUACGAACCAACACAAUCAAAUGUUUGUUUCUGUAUAAUUUAAAUUAAAGCAAAGAUGCGUUCCUUUGUUAAUUUCGAUGUUUCUUUUCAAUGAGAGCUUUCUAUACAUACAAACUUAAAUAUUGAUGCGUUGAAAUUAUUUUUUCAUGACGUUUUUUAAUUGACAGUAGAGGAAAUAGUAGUUUUUAAUUUAUAUCCGGUAAAACUGUGAAUUCUAGUUUUUCUAUCCGUUUUUUUAUUAACAGUCUUAAUAAUUUUUAAUCGUGCCGAUUCACCGAAGAGAGACACGAGUGAAAAUCCACUGUCGUUUUAUGAUAUUUGUUUAAUACUUUAUUUUCUUUUUUCUCUCUUGCGAAUUGUAGAUUUUUUUGCAUUAUUCAUUGCAAUAUAUUGUAUAUACAUCAUACUCAUUUUAUAACUUUCUUUUUCUUGCAUCGUUUUCUUGAUGAACAAUGAACAAAGCAAACUGCAUUGACAAGAAUGUUAGUUGAGAGUAAAUAAGUACAUGAAUUCAAGAACUUUGACAUUAAAAUAUACGUGUAAACUUUCAAUUUUCAACUGAAUUUCUUUUCAUCCCUUUGAUAAAAAAACCCCCUACAUCCGAAAAUAUUUUGUAGUAAGGACUAUGUGUGUCCGAAAGAACAAAAUAUUUUCCACGAAAAUCACAUUUAUGUAUGAACUUUAUCUGGAAAAAGAUGAACAAAAGUGGAUUUAUAUAUAAAAUAUGUUUUAUCAUUUGCGCUUGAAAUCUAAUAUUGAACGAUAUUUCGGUUGUUGCACUAAAUUGGUAUGACUAGAAUGUACAUAAUACAUACGUAAAACUUUACACAUGCAUCUAGUUUGUAACAUAUAUACAUAUUUGACUUGAACACUUUCCUUUUCCGUUGAAUAAAACCAACAUUUCAAUU